GCCUGGGAAAUUAAAAAAGCAUUGUAAAUUGGGGUCUAAGAAGGUGCCUGUUAAUAGCAGACACUCUCAGAGGGAAGCUGAUGGAGAUGUUCAGAGACGGUGUGAGUGGUACCUCCACUCUCAGCAGUGUCCCAAGAGAGCAUCUUGUGGGAGACUUUUCUCACUGGUCUCAGGGCACCAUGCCCUGCUUCCUGGCCCUGCCCAUAGGGCAGGCAGUGUCUGCACGAAAGGCACAGACCCUGCGAUGGUGAACCUCAUCCCACAACACACACAUGGGGUCAGGGCUGCUUAACCCGUGCAGCUCAGAGACCCAUGUGAUUUCGUUAAUAGUCCAUCUGUUUAACAAUUGCUCAGAUGAUAGGGUCUGACAAUGGUCACUGUUUGACAAUAGUUUCUAAAGAACUCUUAAUUCCCAAAGGGGCAAUACUAAGGGUUGGCAACUGUAGGUGGUCUAUGUGGAAGAGAUGACUGCAAAAUGAACAUGCCCCAAAGGCCCUAUCUACACACAAAACUGGUGGUCCAGCCUCCGCCUAGGGUACUUGAGCACUUUGGCAGUGCUGAGGACCAUGGGAUGGAUCCCAGGUGUUAUAGAAUCAUAGCAUCAUCUAGGUUUGAAAAGACCUUCAAGAUCACCAAGUGCAACCACCAACCUGAGCUACGGAGUCCCGGCAAUACACCACAUCCCUUAGUGCCACCUCCUCACGUCUCUUCAAUACCUCCAGGGAUGGGGGCUCCAUCACCUCCCUGGACAGCCCAUCCUGAUGCUUGACCACCCUCUCCAUGAAGAAAUUCUUCCUAAUAUCCAAUCUAAAACUCUCUGGUACGACUUGAGACCUUCCAAGCAGCUCUCAGGGAUCCAGCACUCUGACCCAGGCAGUGCUUUGUCCUCAGAGGAUCAGGUUCCUGGGAAGCGGCCAGAGCAGAGGCAGCAGACAUCUCUGUGCCCUUGCAGGUGUCCCCAUGAUUGCAGUCUUGCAGAUGAUGGCGUUCGGUCUUGCUCUCCUCUCAACCCUCUUCCUCCUCCUGGCCACAUGCACUGACUGCUGGAUGGUGAAUGCUGAUGACAGCUUGGAGGUGAGCCACAAAUGCCGGGGGCUUUGGAGAGAAUGUGUCACCAACAUGCAGGAUGGGGUCAGGACCUGUGACCAAUAUGACUCCAUUCUGGCAGACCAUCCAGUGAAGAUUGUGGUGACACGGACACUGCUGAUCACAGCAGACCUCCUGGUGGGCCUGGCCUUGGCAACUUUGCUCCUUGGGCUCGACUGCAUCAAGUUCCUCAAGGAAGAUUCUCGUGCGAAACUGAGGAUGUGCUAUGGGGCUGGUGUCAUCCUCGGCAUCGGGAGCAUCCUGGGCCUGGUAGGCUCUGUGUGGUAUGCGGUGGAUGUCUACUUGGAGAGGGCCAUGCUGGUGUCACACAACAUAUUCCUGGGAGUCCACUAUGACUUCGGGUGGUCUUGCUGGCUGGGGAUGGCUGGCUCAACGGGCUGCUUCACGGCAUCCAUCCUGCUGACCUGCUGCCUCUCCGCUUGUUCAGGUCAGUUCACGUUGCCCUGGGCUGCCCCAUCCCACAGCAGGGGGCUUCUUGUCCUGCACGGCCCACCACAUCCCUGACUCUCUCCUGCAAGGCUCCAGCAUCCGCCACCAGACCCCGAGGCUCCCCCAGCGCCGAAUAGUCACCAGCAAGAUGUACACCAUGGACUCCCAUGUGUGAUGGGCAGCAGCACCUCCUGCACCCAGCCCAUUGCACGAUGCUCACCCCCAAGUCUGACCCCAUUAAAGC